AUGGUGAAAAAAUCCGCCAACGGCGGAGUUUAUCCACCCGAAGGCGGGGAGAAAAAAGUCGGCUUUGUUGGACUGGACCCAGGCGCUGCCGAGACCAGUAGAGACGGUGCUCUACUCAUAGCGGGUUCGGAGACCACCAAGCGGGCCAGCAUCUUAUGCAGACCCAGACAAGGGAGAGCCAAUAAGAGGAAUGCCGGCUAUCGCAAACUACAGAAUUUCCUCUACAAUGCUUUGGAGAGACCGAGAGGCUGGGCGUUCAUAUACCACGCUUAUGUAUUUGUGCUGGUGUUCUCCUGUCUCGUGCUCUCUGUCUUCGCCACCAUCAAGGAAUUCAAGAAGAGCUCAGAGAGUGCCUUAUAUAUUCUGGAAAUCGUGACCAUCGUGGUGUUUGGAGUGGAGUACAUUGUGAGGAUUUGGGCAGCAGGCUGCUGUUGCCGCUACAGAGGAUGGAGAGGCCGGCUCAAGUUUGCCCGCAAGCCCUUCUGCAUCAUCGACAUGAUGGUGCUGAUCGCGUCCGUGUCGGUGCUAGCGGCCGGCUCGCAGGGGAACGUCUUCGCCACCUCUGCCAUCAGGAGUCUGCGCUUCCUGCAGAUCCUGCGCAUGCUCCGAAUGGACCGCCGCGGCGGCACAUGGAAACUCCUGGGAUCUGUGGUCUAUGCGCACAGCAAGGAGCUGAUUACUGCCUGGUACAUUGGCUUCCUGUGUCUCAUCUUGGCCUCCUUCCUGGUGUACUCCGUGGAGAAGGACGACAACGAGAUGUUUGAGACAUAUGCUGAUGCAUUGUGGUGGGGCAUGAUCACCUUGACGACGAUAGGCUAUGGUGAUAAGUUCCCAAUAACAUGGAACGGGCGGCUCAUCGCCGCAGCCUUCAGCAUGAUUGGUGUGGCCUUCUUUGCACUUCCUGCUGGUAUUCUUGGCUCUGGCUUUGCUCUGAAGGUACAGGAGCAACACAGGCAGAAGCAUUUUGAGAAACGUCGAAAUCCAGCGGCAGGUCUUAUUCAGAGUGCCUGGAGAUUUUAUGCAACUAAUUUAACUCGAACAGACCUAUUGGCAACAUGGGACUUCUAUGAACAGAAUGUAUCCGUUCCGAUCUACAGGCUCAUCCCUCCAAUCAAUCAGAUGGACCUUCUAAGAAGUCUGAAGGGAAAGACUGGGUUCAGGAAGGAUGCCCAGCCUGCGGAAUCCUCUCCAAGCCGUAAGCCCAGCCUUAAAGAUAAAGUGUUUCAGAGCCCCUCCAAACACGUGAGUGGCAAAGAGAGCAAGACGGCUGGCGCAGAGGAAGGAGUGGAGGACAGCCCAAGCAAAGUGGCCAACCUCGCCAAGCACGCCUUCCGCAUCAAGGGCGCCGCCUCUCGCCAGAACUCUGAAGAGGCAAGCCUUCCUGGAGACGAGCUUGGAGAUGAGGGGCCCUCCUGGGAUUUACCUCCUGGUGUGAAGGUGACCAUUCGAGCAGUCUGCGUUAUGCGCUUCAUGUUGUCAAAGAAGAGAUUUAAGGAGAGCUUGCGGCCGUACGACGUGAUGGAUGUGAUUGAGCAGUAUUCUGCCGGACACCUGGACAUGCUCUCACGCAUCAAAAGCCUUCAGUCCAGAGUUGACACGAUAGUGGGUAAAGCUGGCGCCCCGGCGGGCGAGAAGGAAAAGCCCAAGACCCCGGGGGAGGGCGAGCCCUCCGAGGACCCCAGCAUGAUGGGCCGCAUGGGGCGUAUGGAGAAGCAGGUCCUUACCAUGGACAAGAAGCUGGACUUCCUGGUGCAAGUCUACAUGCAACGCAUGGGCAUUCCACGCUCCGAGACCGAGGCCUUGCUCGGCUUCAAAAUGGCUGACCCCGCUCCCCCUUACCACAGCCCAGAGGACAAGAGCGAGAAGGAGGAGGACGUGAAGAAGAUCAGCUGCGCUGCGGAGCCGCCACCGCUGGGCUGCAGCACGCCCUGCGAGACGCGGCAUCCGUCCGCCAUGCCGUGGAACCGGCAGCCUCCGUCCCGGCAGCCGUCGCCGCCGUCCCCGCCGCAGCCCGAGGACGAGCCGCUGUGCGUGCCGCGCUGGAACAGCAGCCGCGGGGUGUCGCCCGUGGGCACCGACGACCCCUCGCUCUACCGCAUCCCUCCGCCGCCGCUCACGCACGACGCCACCGCCGAGAGCAGCCGCCAGCGACGCCACCGCCGGCACCGGCCCAUCACCGCCGCCACCGCCGUGGCCUCCACCGCCGGCGCCGAGAGCGACACGUCCAUGUCCAUCCCCUCCGUCGACCACGAGGAGCUGGAGCGCUCCUUCAGCGGCUUCAGCAUCUCGCAGGCGCGCGAGGACGACUUCGCGCCCGCGCCCUCCGGCGUCGGGGUGUUUGGGGGCGUGGGGGGCACCUUCCGCGCCCGCCUCAGGCCCUACCUGGCCGAGGGGGAGUCGGACACGGACUCCGAGCUGUACACGCCCGGCGCGCCGUCCCCUCUCUCCUGGGGGGAGGGCCAGUAUGCGGAGCGGGCCUGGAAGUAG